AUGAUGUUUCCAUGCAGCGCCCUGCCGCCUCCUCUCUACCCGGGGCUACUGCGUCCCCCUGCGGCUCUCUCUGCGCCCCUGCCCCGGUCAAUCCCCUCCGGCUUCCUAGUCGAAGACCUCCUCCGAAUAAGCCAGCCUGUCAGCUACAUACACCGGACUUUCUCAUCCAGAAACCCUGGGGACAUCCUUGCUCUCAGCCCGGCACCCAGCGCCUCUCCACGGGCCACGGGACCCAGCACGGACCGAUCUGUCCUGCAGAGCUCCGUGCCGCCGAGCCGCACCAGCCCUGGGACUUUGCACACAGCCUGCCCGGACUCCAGCUGCCUCAAGUUCGGUGUCAGUGCCAUACUGGCACCGUCCACACGCAGCAUCCAGACUCUGCAGACUAAAUCCUUCCCGCUGCCUUUCUUUGAUGGAAACCUCCAUCCUUUCAUCAGAGCUUCAUACUUCACAGGGACAUUUUCGUGGCCCCUGGCUCCCAGAGGGAAGCCCAGGAGGGGCAUGCUGCGGCGGGCCGUGUUCUCCGACCUGCAGCGGAAGGCCCUGGAGAGAACUUUCCAGAAGCAGAAAUACAUCAGCAAGCCAGACAGGAAGAAGCUGGCCAGUAAGCUGGGACUCAAAGACUCCCAGGUGAAGAUCUGGUUUCAGAACCGGAGGAUGAAAUGGAGGAACUCCAAGGAGAGGGAGCUCCUCUCGACAGGCGGGUGUCGCCAGCAGACGCUCCCCACCAAAACCAACCCCCACCCCGACCUCACCGACGUCGGGAGCGCCUACUGCCAGGGCGCAGAGCGGACGGCGCACGGCGGCCACGCGCUGCUGGACAGCGAGGAGAUGCAUCUUCAUCACCAUCAUCACCACACUGCCUCGUCCCCGUCCGAGUCCAGCAAACAGUCGGAGCUCUCAGAAUCAGAGAGCGAAGAAAUUACAGUUUCAUAA